GAGCGAGAUUGUUCAUGAAAGUUGUGGCCGCUGGCAUUUUUCGAACUGAGAUUUCAGAUGCUCCAAUGCGAUAUUAUUUACUUUGCUCCGUUACUGUUAAACUUCAUUGGGAAUAUUUUUUUAGGUUCCCAGUAUGUUCCAGAUAGAUUUUCAGUGUUACAAUGAAAGUUAACUCUUCUGAUGGAAACGGUGUGGGAGCGAACACAGGACCUGCAAAUGGAGCUAUAAUAGUGACCGAGUCUAUUGCCAUAAUUAUUAUUGAUGUUCUCAUAUGUUUAGGGAACCUCGUCAUAGUUGUUACUCUCUAUAAAAAGUCGUAUUUGCUUUCACUCAGCAAUAAGUUUGUGUUCAGUUUGACUCUUUCAAACCUACUUCUGUCUAUGCUUGUGCUCCCUUUUGUGGUUGUGAGCUCUAUAUUGAGAAAAUGGAUUUUCGGUGUUGUCUGGUGCAACUUUUCUGCUAUACUGUACAUGCUGAUCAGCUCUGCCAGCAUGCUUACUUUAGGGAUCAUAGCCAUUGACAGGUAUUAUGCCAUUCUCUACCCAAUGGUUUAUCCUAUGAAGAUUACAAGCAACAGAGCUGUUCUUGCUAUAGCGUAUGUAUGGCUGCAUUCUCUUAUAGGAUGUCUUCCUCCUUUAUUUGGAUGGUCCUCUCUAGAGUUUGAUCACUUCAAGUGGAUGUGUGUAGCUGCAUGGCAUAAAGAGGCAGGAUACACAGCUUUUUGGCAGAUAUGGUGUGCCUUACUUCCUUUCAUCACUAUGAUGAUUUGCUAUGGCUUUAUAUUCCGUGUUGCCAGGAUAAAAGCACGCAAGAUUCACUGUGGAACGGUUGUAAUUGUGCAAGAUGUUCCCCAAAGAAGUGGGAGAAAAAAUUCCAGUACUUCUACAUCCUCUUCAGGAAGUCGAAGAAAUGGAUUUUCUAGUAUGGUUUAUUCGGCCAAUCAGUGCAAAGCCUUAAUUACUAUAUUAGUUGUUAUUGGUGCUUUUGUUUUUACGUGGGGGCCUUAUAUGAUUGUUAUAAGUACAGAGGCAUUGUGGGGCAACAACAGUGUUUCUCCAGUAUUAGAGACUUUAGCCACCUGGCUGUCAUUUACAAGUGCCAUUUGCCACCCACUUAUUUAUGGACUUUGGAACAAAACUGUACGGAAAGAACUUUUAGGUAUGUGUUUUGGAAACCGGUACAGAGAUCCUUUUCAUCAGCAACCUAGAACAUCAAGAAUGUUUAGCAUCUCUAACAGAAUAACAGAUCUUGGUUUACCUCCUCAUCUCACUGCACUUAUGGCAAUCGGUACGGAUUCGGAACACCAGAGCACUACAACAAACACCGGUUUCAGCUAUUCAAAUGAUUCAGGUACUGAUGUCAUGUUGCUGGAAGAUACCAGUUCUGAUGGUAUACACCAGCCUAGGGUUAUCUACUCUAGAAGAAAAAGCUCGGUCACAUUUGAAGAUGAGGUAGAACAAAAGCCAGAUGUUUGUACAGUUCCAUCUGAGCAAAGUGGAUCAGAUAAGUCCUUAGAGGACUUUGCAUUCAGUUUGGCUAAAGCAAUUGAAAUGGAUGCUAAAAUCAGUCUGUUUGGAGAAGAGGCUAUUCAAGUAUCUUCUGCUGUUCCAAAUGUACCAGGAAACACUGGUAUAAAUAAAAGCGUCCGGAAUCAUGUGAUCCAAAAGCAAAAGCUUCAAAGCAUUGACGAAGGAAACCUUUAAUGAGACUGAUGUUAACGCAGGAAGUGACGUCCAUUAAUACUUGAGUGGCUGAGAAGCGUUCAUUUACUGCAUAAGGAAACCUUUCACAGAGUUCUAAUUCUGAGUAUACAUCUUCACCUACCCCUAUAACCACUUUUUCAAAAUGGUCUGUGGCACAAGUGGAGCACCUUGAAAAAUAAACUAUUGCACUACAUUGACAUCAAUUUUUGAAGAUCCAAAAACAAUUUGAUCCUGGUUAUGCAGCAGUGCCAUACUUUAUUGCAACACAUCUAACUUGCCAAAUGUUGGUGAUCAGAACUUGUAUUUGAAGAAAGUAUUAUUUUUUUUAUAUAUAUGAAUUACAAUGAGAAGUUAAUUUUGGUACUGUGUAUUGCUUCUGAUGAAAGGGACCUACAAGUUUGGUAGUAUAUUGAGACUUUACAGUCCCAGCAUACCGCUGGACAGAGCAACAGCUGCUAUAUACUACAGCACCAGCAUACAAUUAAAGGGAUAUUGUACUGUAAAAUUAUCUACCCUUUAAUGUGUUCCCAGUAUUCUAUUUACCUGCUGUAGUGUAUUAAAUAGUUUACAAAAGGGUCCUAUUUAUCUUUAUUUUGUUGUUUAAAAUAGCUGAAAGCAUCCCAUAUACCAAAAAUUCCAGUAAUGCAGUAUUUGCUAUAUAAAAGCUAUGUAAACAAGGGCAACAGCAGAAAUCAACCUCCCCAUCGGGGAAAUGGCCUAUUCUAUUUCCAAGUGUGUUUCUGUGGAUGCUUUGAAUACAAUUAACUUAUCCGCUUCAUGUCUUAAUACUUUGUCAUUUUAAUUGCUAUGUCCCUUUUAUUAAAGAGACGUAACCCAUACCCUAAAUCACUUGAAAGUGGCAUAGCAUAUCUGUAAAGAAAGCGGACUAGAAAAUAUUACUUGAACAUUGCUAUGCAAAGAAUGAUGACUUUACCUAAAAAUUUCUUCAGCUCUCUAGAGUAAGUGCUAUGUUGGCAGUUAUCCGUUAGCUACUUUUUUACUGUGAUAUGUACAGUGAGCAAAAAACAGCCAAAUACACAUUGUCCGUGCCAAGUUCACACUUUGCUUAAAGGGACGGUCAACACCAUAAUUUUUGUUGUUUAAAAAGAUAGAUAAUCCAUUUACCAAUUACCCAGUUUUGCAUAACCAACACAGUUAUAAUACACUUUUUACCUCUGUGAUUACCUUGUAUCUAAGCCUCUGCAGGCUGCCCCCUUAUUUUAGUUCUUUUGACAGAUUUGCAUUUUAGCCGAUCAGUGCUGACUCUUAGGUAUGUUCAUGUGCCUGAGCUCAAUGUUGUCUAUAUGACACAUGAACUAACGCCCUCUAGUGGUGAAAAACUGUCAAAAUGCAUUCACAUAAGGUGGCCUUUGAAGCUAAGAAAUUAGCAUAUGAGUCUACCUAGGUUUAGCUUUCAACUAAGAAUACUAACAUAACAAAGCAAAAAUGGUGAUAAAAGUAAAUUGGAAAGUUGUAUAACUACAACUAUGCCCUAUUUGAAUCAUGAAAAUGUACUUUGGACUUGACUGUGAUCUUGUGGGAUUUCACCACAACCUUGUAAGAUUUCAUAGUAAAUUCCCUUAAACUAAGCAGGAAAAAAAAGGUGACUGCCUGUACAUGCCAGGUGCAAGCUACUUUCAAGUGAUUUACCAUUUGGGUAACAUCCUUCAAGGCACAAACAAAACAAUGAAAAUAUAGGACACUUUUAAAAUACAGUGUAUACUUAACAUUGCUGCACAUCUUAGCAGUUUUGGCUGAAAACAAUCACUCUAUAAAUCUAGCUUUCACACCCCCUGUGGGAGCACGUUUACAUCUUGGACCGACCACCGCUGCAGGCUGGAGUUCUGUACUUUAAACUGUUCUAUGUAAAGCAAUGGUGAAAAUACAUUGUAGUUGAAAAUAUUGUUUACUUUCUCCUAAAACAUUUCAUGGUAUUAAUGCUAAAGCACUGAAUUUUGUUAAAAACUGUUCAUGUUGAAGGAAUUUGUAUCCUCUAUUGUGAGAAAUGGUUUUGUUGGCAGUUUUUUUUUAUAUUUUGUUUUUGUUUUUUUUACUGUGUAUGUAUUUGAAAAAAAUGUAAAAUAGAUUUUUUUUUUUCUACCGCCACUCAUUUUUAUAAUUUCGUUUUUUUUUCCUUUUUAUUUAGUUUUUUAAUUGCAUGUUUGUUUGUUUUACUUAAUAAGUUCUUUUAUUAUAUAUAAUAGUUUUGUAAAUAUAUUCAAGUUUGUAGUGUAUUUUUUAUUUUUAUAAACCUACUGUUUUUUACAAAUAUAGAUUGGUCAUUUCAGCUGCUGAUAAAACACUAUUAUGACUUAAAUGGUUGUCUUUGUUUUUGAUACCUUGCAUUACACAUUAUUUUACUGUCUUAUUUGUAUCUUCAUUUUAUGAUUAAAGGCACAUGAAACCA